ACCAGCCAUAAACCCCUCACCUUUUCCUCUCUCUCUCUCUCUCUCCAAUUUUCCCGGAUUCAGGACUGGUAUGAGAUAUUCCUCUCUCUCUCUCUCUCUCUCUCUCUCUCUCUCUCGUGACUCUCGUCUAUAAGAAGCCCAUCACCUCCAGCUCCUCGCAAGAGAAAUACUCUUUUUUUCCUUUGAAUAAAAACCCGAAUCUUCUACCGUCUUUUCGCCGCCCAUAUCUCUUCGUAACAGUCGAAGUAUAUACACCAACACAUUUCGGUUGUUACGAAAAUAAAUAAAUAAAGAAGAAAUAUGGGUUUCCUCCACAAGCUCUGGGACGAUACGCUAGCCGGCCCCGCACCCGAUAAAGUACUGCGCAAGUACGAUUCCUUCUCCGCCGUCCGAUCUCCUCCGACCGUGACCAUCCCUCCACACGACAACAUCGCCGUGACUCGGAGCAUCACCAUUCUCCGAGCCAACUCGGUCGACUCGGGUUCGCUCCCGUCUUCCCCCGUCGCCGGAUCCAGCACCCCAACUUCACCUUUUUCACCGGUGUCAACACCGCGUGGGGAUUUCAAGAGGUUUACGAGGAGAAAAUCGACGGCGGCGCCAUCGGAAAGCGUGGAGCCAAUAAGUCCGACCGUUUACGACUGGAUAGUGAUCAAUGCUUUGGAUCGUUGAGAGAGGAAGUGACGAUUUUGCAUGAAGAAUCGGCGAAUUAAUCGACCACUUUUGUACGAAGUGAAGAUCUUAGGGUAAUCUUACGGUGCAUGUAUAUCUAAUGCAGUUGUGCAUUGAUAUACAAGUUUAGUGUAAUAAAAAGGUGUUUUUUCUGAUGGAGAAAAUCACGUUAGGAACCAAAUGCUUCUUGGAGUUUAUGAAAGAGGAAGUAAGAGCUGGCUUUCCCCCUCCCCCCUUGUACAUAAAGUUUGGGGCCAAAAAAAAGGAGCUGGCUUUGGAAAAUUAGAGCUCUGCUAGCUGUUUUCUGUAUAUAUAUGUCUUCUUGUGAUGGGAGUGAUGGCUUUCUUACAUUUUCUUUUCUUUGAAAAUUCGUACUACAUUAUGUUUUUGUCUCCUUUUUUUUUUUUUUUUUGGGUUCUGUUUCCAGGUUUUGUAUCUGGGUGCGUUGUCUUUGUAAAUUGUAAAUAUGGUGUUUGUAUUCUGAAUCCUCUUUCAAUGGAACUUGUUUGAAGCCUCCUUUUGAUUCUGCA